UUUCAGUAGAUUGUGAUAUAAAUACAGCUGUAUCUGGAAGGUCCAGCCGCCAGGGGAUAUAUGGGAAAUCACGGCCUUUUGGGAUCAGAGGGGCCACCAGGAGUCCCUGGCACAAAAGGAUUGAGAGGGUCAAAAGGAGAAAAGGGUUAUGCAGGCUUAAUGGGUCAACACGGCCUGAUGGGGAAGGUUGGACCAUCGGGCUUACUGGGACUACAGGGUUUUCCAGGCUUUUUUGGGAUUCCAGGGCCUCAUGGGCUACCAGGACAAAAGGGAGACACAGGUCCUGCUGGUUUGACAGGGGAGCUGGGAACUCCAGGUCCUAAGGGGGUGGCAGGAAGCCCAGGUGUGAAAGGUGACAUAGGGAAGCCUGGACCACUGGGUUCUGCGGGAGCCACAGGAACACCAGGUGAUCCUGGUCCAAAGGGCCUUUCUGGACCUGAGGGGCUGAGAGGAGAACCCGGACAGAAGGGGGUGCCAGGAGAGGUUCCUGAUGGCCUGCCAGGAAAUAAAGGACCUCCAGGAUUACCAGGACCAGAGGGUAUUGAUGGUGAGAUGGGAAUUCAGGGCCCUGUUGGCCCUCCAGGACCGCAAGGACCAAAAGGUAGACCUGGACUGGCGGGGAGGAAAGGACAAAAAGGUCAAAAGGGAGAUGAAGGCAAAAGUGGACAUCCAGGGAAGGAUGGACGUACUGGGAAGAGGGGGAAAAGAGGGAAAGCUGGAAAUAGAGGCAUAAGAGGAAGGCGAGGAGAAAAGGGGAAGAUGGGAGAUUUGGGUCAAUUUGGUCCUCCAGGGAGACACGGUACAUAUGGUGUAGCUGGUCCUCAUGGAGAAAAAGGUGAAAUAGGUAGACCAGGGUUUAAGGGAGAAUCUGGGGAUAUAGGACCACAUGGUCCUCCUGGUCGAGAAGGGUUAAAGGGAAUGCAAGGCACUACUGGGGAGCUAGGAAGAGCAGGUUUAAAGGGAGAGCAGGGCAAUAUUGGCCUACCAGGUAGACGAGGUUCUCCAGGCCUACCUGGGCUGCCUGGUUUGUUUGGACAGAAGGGCCUGAAAGGAUUUACUGGACCACCAGGCCCUAGUGGGGGGAGAGGUUUACCUGGUCCACCUGGCCCACCUGGACCACCAGGGACCUCCCUAAAUCUCACAUUGACUCAACUGAAGUUAAGAGUGACUGAGCUCAUAUACAUGUCAGACAAGCCCAACUCCAUCCUGGUACAGGCUCUGUUGGACAACCUUCAGAAACAUCUACACUGGUACAUAAACCCACCAGAUGGCAGCAAACAGCAUCCAGCCACUACAUGUCUGGAGUUGUGGCUUGCUUACCCCACCUCCACUAACGGGAUGUAUUACAUUGAUCCUAACCAGGGUAGCCCAGCUGAUGCUUUUCAAGUGUACUGUGACUUCACAGCAGAACCAAAGACCUGCCUGUCUCCACUCCAGCCUCAGGUUCCAAUAAAAGCUUGGCUGAAGGAUUCUGGCACCGAUAUGUCAUUUUACUGGUUGAGCACGGUUGAAGACGGCUUCCAGUUUGAGUAUCCAGGAGGAACAGAUGUGGUGCAGAUGAGGUUUCUGCGACUGAAUAGCAGAUUUUCCACCCAGACCAUCACAUACUCCUGCCAGCCAGGAAACAGACAGAGCCAUAGAGGGAGGGAAGUCAAAUUCCUGGCUGACACUCAAAGGCAGAGUUACCUGGGGUCACUGCGAGACUGUGCGAUAUCGGAGACGCACGAGUCAGGAGGCCAGGAAUCAGUUUUUCAGUUUGAAAGUGACAAUCUCCAACUGCUGCCUUUCAGGGACCUUGCAUUGUUUGGAAACAAAGAAGUAACCUGGGAGUUUGGCUUCACCAUAGGACCAGCAUGCUUCAGCUAGGGACGCCCCCUUCCUCUGAGCAUGAUUGCAUCUAUGUGAUAGUCUGGCGCUACAAAGAUCUGAACAGGCAAACUGUUUAUUUCUAAUUUUUACUGUCUUCUAUAGCUUCACAUCAUUUUUGAAUUGGCAUUGCUUGUCAGUUCAAAGUUGUGCAACUUUUUUGCAAGUAUGUUAACCAGCCAAUUUAUUUUGGACGUCUUGAACCAUCUUGUUGUUCGUAGUGUAAAUUUUGGGUCAAAAUGACCAAGGACAACCUCUUUCACUAACAAAAAACUGAGGACAAAAGACACAAAGUGAGCUGAAGAUCCUCCAGGAGAAUUAGUUUUUCUCCCUUACUGAAGGGACACUCUUUGUCACUCUGCACAGAGUGACUGUUGGCUUGCCCACUUUUUAGGCCAGGGAUAUUUUGAGCCUGAAUUUCUUGACAUUAACUAUAAUUUUUACAUUUUUCUCGUGUGUUGUUGGUUUUGAAACCUGCUUAUUUAUGUAAGGGUUUGACAUUCAUUUAGUAAUUUUAAUUUUGAUUCAGGUACAUUUUGACUUGAUCAUGGUGUUCAAUUGACAACAUAGGUGGUUCUGGAAGCUCUGAUUGUGGCCUUUGCAUUGAAAAUAACCUAUUCUGAGCUGAAAUUUCACUUUUAUAAAUGUAGGUAUGACCGAGCCCUUAACUCUGGGAUCUCAGGUGUGGCUGGAAUCACCAGGGGAGGAUUCCCUCCUGUGUAACUCUAGUGCCUUUACUGUGCAUUCAGAAUGGGAAUUUCUUACUUGGAAUCCCACAAAGAAUUGGAUUAACAUCACUCAGCCAGUUGAAUGAGCGCUGAUCAUGGUUCUGAUUUUCAUUCAAAACAAAACCACAGUCAUUCAAGAUAAUUUCAUCUAAUAUUAGUAAAUUAACCCUCUACUGCAUUUGGAGCCUAUCAAAUAAGUUAUCUGGGCUGAUGUAUCAGCAAAUGUUAGCUUUUUUUUUAGUUUUUUCCCCUUUCACUGUUUUUAUUUGAACUGUGCACAAUGACAGUACUCACUUUAUUAAUGACAUUUCAGUCUUGAGACCAUCAGGCAACAUUUUUUUUUAAUACCUACAAUGUUUAUAUAAGUCUAAUCAGGGAACAGCCUAAUCAGGAGCGAAUUUUUGAUCCUACGCACCCAUUUAUAGCGUGUAAGAACUCUGUCCUAGUUAUCACCUACAGUAUAAGUUAAAUGUAACUAUUGUAUAUACAUCAUGUUACUGUUGUAGAUACUUUCUAACUUACUCUAGUUGAAUUUAAAUUUAGUCUACAUUUAUUAGUACUUCAAUCAUCUCCGUGCAUCUGCAUCUUUGUCAUGAGUUUUCUCCUGCUGAGUUUCUACCUGGUUUUAAGGUUCCUGAUUUAUGUUGUGUUGAUGUUAGGUUUUCCUGUUUCAUUCUCGAUGUUUUUCAACAUUUUGCUGAUGCAGCAGAGAUGUUAAAGCUACAUUAAUGUAUUUUUUGGCCAUUUGGGGGCUGCAGGAAAAGCUGAAAACACAACAGUAACAUUCUUGCCUCACAAAGGUAUGGAGAAGCUAACAGUUGCCUUUUGCAAGUUUAGGAUUGAUUUAGAUUGGUGUUUGU